CCUCUCCUCUCCUUCCCAUUUAGGCUGAGUUUGACAAAGCUGCCGAAGAUGUUAAACACCUCAAGACCAAGCCAGCCGACGAUGAGAUGUUGUUCAUCUACAGUCGCUACAAGCAAGCUACUGUGGGCGACAUAAACACAGAACGGCCGGGGAUGUUGGACUUCAAAGGCAAGGCCAAGUGGGAUGCCUGGAACGAGCUGAAAGGGACCUCCAAGGAAGACGCCAUGAAAGCUUACAUAGACAAAGUGGAAGAGCUAAAGAAAAAAUACGGAAUAUAAGGGACUGGAUGUGGACGUCAGCCAAGCCCUUGAUCUGAACCGAUGUCACGGCUUGUUUUUUUUCUAGUACUGCAGUUGACGCUGAGUAAUGAAAAUAACCAAUUACCCCCGUUCCUCGAGCCGUCCAACAGGUCAGAAGCAGAAACAGUUACUGACUUCCACUGGGUAGUUUUUAGCUGUAGGUCCAUUAA